AUCCUCUAUUCUCCCCACCAUCCCCCGUCUCUCCAAAACGAUGCUCCCCACUUGGGCCCGAGGGGGCAAACCUAUCAUUCUUCCCCUCCCCCAAAAACGCUACCUCACUCUUCCUCCUCUCCCCAUCCUGAUCCUUCUCCUGCUCACGGGCUUCUUCCUACACUCAAUCAUUACUCCACCUUGCCCCGCCCUUUCCCCCUCACUGACAUUAUCAAAAUACACAAAAUCCCCAUUCCUCAUCAAGCCAGAUCAGUUCCUUCCUCCGCCAAAAGUAGAGAGACCAGAGUAUCUGCCAGAACCGGUACCGCCAAAGAAGAAGGGGAUGGUGGUCCCAGAUGCCGUGCAUUAUGUGUAUGGCCUGAAGCCUGUGAAGGAAGGAGAAAAGGGAGAAGAGCUUCCGUACUUUGCGUAUCUUGCUAUGAGGAGUGCGCUGGUGAAUCUGAAACCGAGUGUCAUCUACUUUCAUUAUGAACACCUUCCAACGGGUCCCUGGUGGGAUCUGAUACGCCCUUAUCUGACGCUCAUGAAGACUGUCGUCCCGGACGAGAUUUACGGCCGUCGUCUCGAACAUUUCGCGCAUAAAGCAGAUGUUUUGCGGUUACUGGCUAUGAAGUACUCGGGCGGCAUCUAUCUUGACAUUGAUAUCUUUGUCACAAAGCCGUUUGACGACUUGCUAUACUAUCCCACGACGUUGGGUAUGGAAGCUUCGCCCGACUCUAGGCGUGAUGAACUCGACCCGGAAGGUCUUUGCAACGCCGUCCUUGUAUCUGCUCCAGGUUCUCCGUUCAUCGAGAGAUGGCUCGCCUCUUACGACACUUUCGAUGGUGGCAUCUGGGCUCGGCAUAGCGUCGUCAAGCCUUGGGAACUAGCCCGUGCUCAUCCGACCGAGCUCCAAGUCCUCUCUGAACGCGCCUUCUUCUGGCCCAUGUGGCACGGAGACGAAAUUCAGAAGACGCACGAGACGACUGAACAUGACUUCCAAGCUUCGGGGCAGUACACGUACCAUGCGUGGGAAUCACUCGCCAUGGGAUACCUGUCCAAGCUAUCGCCAAAGAGUAUCAGGGAGAAUGACAACAGUUUCAACAAGAUGGUUCGACCAUUCAUAGGGCCAGAGGAUGAUGAGACGUAUAGACGAUGGAAGGGGUCAGAUUGAUACCUACGAGUUAAGAAACGCUUGCUUGUCAUUGUUGGCCAUGUGUACCUAUACUGUCUAGCUAUAAUGCCCGCCAUGUAUCGAGCAGCUGUUCUGAGACUUGUCUCUCCUCGAGAGCACAUCUCUCUCUUGCCAACGACCGGUUCAGAGAUGUGCUCGGCAAUGAGUUUCACAAACUCACUUUGCGGUUCGUAAGAGAGGAGGUAUGGUGCCCACAUAUGUAAAUCAGUA